CUCUCCUCUAGCCACUCUUUGUCAUCUGUUGUUCCAUCUUGACUGUAAUCUUGACAUCUACACACGCCUGUAUCCCACCACCGCCUGUAUUGCCUCUCUGACCUCCCCGCCACCCCGCCAUGCCCAAGGUCGCCACCGUCUCGCCAGUCACCGGCAAGCCGGUGCCGCCGGACUACCUCCACGCCUCCGACAUCCACUUCCAAGAUACGUCGGGGCGCAGCGUUCUUCUCCGUGGCGUCAACUUCACCGCGAGCGCCAAGGCGCCGCGGGGGCAGCCGAGCCAGAGCCAGGAGGGGUUCUGGGAGGAAGCGGAGAGCGGCAAGGGCGACUGGAUCGGUGCGAUGGGGCUCAACGUCGAGGACGGGAGCGCUGAUAUCCACCUCGCUCGCUUGCGCGCUUGGGGGUACAACAUGCUUCGCUUCGUGUUUACGUGGGAGGCGCUGGAGCACGAGGGGCCGGGCAAGUACGAUUACGCGUACAUGGAUUAUAUCGUCAAGGUGUUGUACAAGUGCAAGGAGUGGGGGUUCCGCGUGUACAUGGAUCCACACCAGGAUGUUUGGUCGCGGUUCACCGGCGGCUCGGGCGCGCCACUAUGGACGAUCUAUGCGUGUGGCGUGGAUCCCCACAAUAUUGUGCCGACAUACUCGGCGCUCGUACAGUGCGACUACCCAAGCAAGGAGUCGCCCGACCCUGGCUCGCUGCCCGCGAUGAUCUGGUCGUCCAACUAUUACCGCGCCUUCGGACAUACGGUAUGGACACUCUUCUUCGCGGGCAAGGAGUUUGCGCCAAAGUGCACCAUCGACGGAAAGAACAUCCAAGACUUCCUGCAGGAUCACUUCAUCGACGCCGUCGGCGAACUCAUCAAGGUUGUGGCGGCGGCCGGCGAUGGCGAGCUACUCGAGUCGUGUGUCUUGGGCUGGGACUCGAUUAACGAGCCCGCCGAGGGUUUGAUAGGCGUCCGAGACCUCAACCAGGUGCCCAAGGACCAGCCGGUGCGCCUUGGCCCUGUGCCCACCCCGUUCGAGAAUAUGCGCUUGGCCAUGGGUGAAGCGCUCGCUGUGGACAACUACAAGUUCACCUCCAUGGGGCCGUCCAAGACCGGGCAGGUCGUGCUCGACCCGCAGGGAACAAGGAUGUGGAUUUCGCCUGCGGACGACGCCGAGCGUGGCGCCGGGAGGUGGGGCUGGAAGCGCGGAAGCGAGUGGGAGAUUGGCACGUGUAUCUGGGCCCAACACGGUGUGUGGGACCCGACAACCCGCACGCUACUGAACCCGGCAUACUUCCACACACUGCCCACUGAUGCGUCUCACGAGGUCGAGUUUGUGUACGACUUCUGGCGGCAGCACUGGAUGUCGUACGCAUCAAGCGUGCGCACGCAUCACCCGGACGCCGUGCAUUUCAUGAACACGUCAGUGUUCAAGCCGCUGCCGCCGCUGCCCGAGUCCUUCCUUUCUGGGCGGGCGUGUAGCUCUCCUCACUUUUAUGACGGGCUCACGCUCAUGACCAAGCAUUGGAACUGGUUCAAUGCCGAUGCCCUCGGCAUCCUGCGCGGGAAGUACUGGAGCAUUGUGCAAGGUCUACGCGUCGGCGAGGCGGCCAUCCGCAAGGUCAUCCAGGAGCAGCUAGGUGUAUUGAAGGAGGACACACGGGCAAGCAUUGGCAACUACCCGACCUUGAUGGGCGAGAUUGGGUGUCCGUAUGACCAGGACGGACGGGCGGCGUAUGGCUACGCCGACGGCGGCAAGGGCAAGGGCGACUACUCGGCUCAGCUCAAGAGCUGGGACGCAUCUAUGAACGCGUCCGACGGCACCAACUGUCUCAACUACACGCUGUGGAACUACACGCCGACCAAUUCCCACCAGUGGGGCGACGGGUGGAACGGCGAGGACCUGAGCAUCUGGUCUUCUGAUGACUGCAAGGGCGCGAGCUACAAGAUGGAGCGCUCGCUCACGGAGAGUGCCGCGACGCUCGUCUCGACGAGCACGUCGGCUACUCUUCAGCCGCGGCAGGUCAGUCCCAAGGGCAUUGAUAGCGGUAAGGAGAUCACGCCUGAGCUUCUUCUCGACGGGACGCGGGCGAUCGGCGCUGUGUGCCGCCCCUACCCAGUCGCGACUGUUGGCGUGCCCGCCCGCAUCGACUUUAACAUCUCGACCUCGGUCUUCCGCCUCUCCGUCACCGUAGGCCCCGACGACAGCGGCGACGGCACGCUCAUUUACGUACCCUUUGUACAUUACGCGCGCGACCUUGAGUGGGUGCCAGUGUCUGGCGCCGCACCCAAGGGCUCGGAGCUGAGCUCGCGCGUCAACUCGUCGUCCAAUCUCCUCGACAGCGAUAGCGACGACCCGAAGGACCCCCGGCCAGAGUCCGAGCUCAGCCUCGGCAUCGAAGUCCGCACCACGACCGGCACAUACUCCACGUCUGGACAAUACUUGACUUGGAAGUAUACAAUUCCGGAGCGACCGACAACAUACACGAUCGAGAUUAGGCGCGCAAGUGGCGCGCUCCCCACCCACGCGACGGAGGAGGAAUGGAGCGUGUUCUCGUAUUUCGGGUGCACGGUUGCCUGACUCGUCGCCCCCGUCCUCGCAUGGUGCGUGUGGCGGGGGGUGGCAGUGCCCAGGCUUGUGUAAUGGUUUAUGGCAAUUAUGGGAAAUAUGGAGAUAUAGAUGGAGGCGUCGGGCCGAAAAGCACGGACGUGGCGCACGGCGAGUGACGUCGUUGGCUGGAUGGAAUUGCUUAUCUCUGCCCAACAAUCUCGCCCUGCCUGCUGACCACGGAGCCCACCCCACCCUGCUUUCCGCGGCUAUGCUAUUCCAAGCUCAGCUGGAUCUAGCGGGAUGCAUUGCUC